GGACGGAGGGAGUACUACAUAGAACAACACCUUGACACAAAGACUUGAGGUCCUUUGAGUAGAAGAAGAAUCAGCAGAUAAAGUUAUGAAAGAACUCUACAGCAGUGGAUCAUCAACAACUAAUAACAAAAUGUUGAUCUUCCUCGUGCUCUUAUUCUUCUUCUUGUCGCCUACAGGGGGUGGAGCUGGAGCACAUGAUCGCGAUCACGAUGAUGAGUGCAGGCCCUGGAGGUGUGGAGACAAAGGCCCCGAAAUCCGGUUCCCGUUCUGGCUAAAGGAUCAUCAACCAGGACGUUGUGGCUAUGGGCCUGGCUUUGCUCUAACCUGCUCUCCUACCAACAACAACGAAACCCUGGUUGAUCUCCCAUUCUUUUUCAAGGCAGUGGUCAAAGACAUCGAUUACCGCCACGAGGAGUUAACAUACCAGUUCUCCAGUUGUUUUCCGCAUCAAAACCUAAGCUUAAUAUUCAACACCUCUCCCUUCCUAUAUUUCUCGGGGAACAGUAUUACUCUCUGUGAAUACUACGUAUUCAGUUGUCCCUCACCACUCCCUGAGCCCUCCUCCUUCUUAGAUCCA